GUGGAGCAGCGGGUGGAGCCAGCCAAGAAGGCAGCGCAGGUUAUUCACAAGAAGCUGCUGGGCUGUCUGCAGAGUCAACUAGGGCUGGACACAGAGAGACGAAUGGUAAAGUCUGCUCUUUGACCUUUCAUCCCUUACCCUCGACUUGACGUCCCUCUAUUAUGAUUAUCAAUACAAAAUUAUCUCGCUCUCUCUUUUUAGAAAAAACUCCCUCUCAUGCUGCUCUCUGUUAGCAUGGCUGAGAGCUUUAAAGAAUUUGAUCCAGACUCUUCUAUCAGGUACUUUAAGUAACCAAACCAUUUAUUCAAUCAUCCAAAUUAUCAGUUGAACAUUCAUCAAUUAAUCAAUCAGUCUAUUUCCUCUCUGAUAGGAAAGUAUUGGAGAUGUGUUGCUUCAUGGAGAGUCAUCUGGCCGCAACACUGGCUGACUUUGAGCUGAAGCUGGAGAAGGAGGUUUUGGAACCUCUCAAUAAACUCAGUGAGGUAAGGGCUUGCGUUAGCAAGAGGUAUUCAGCCACUUUUGGAUUAAAAUUGAAGUUUGUGAUUAUGUAGUAUUACAUAUGAAUACUUUAAAAAAAUAUAUUAUUAUUAUUAUUUAAAAAAAUGUAUUGGCCCAUCCACCCCCCCUCUUCGGAGGACAAAUGUAACUUUGUUUUACAUUUUGUUUUUUUACAGCUUUUUUUGUUACAUAUACACUACCGGUCAAAAGUUUUAGAACACCUACUCAUUCAACGGUUUUUCUUUAUUUUUACUAUUUUCUACAUUGUAGAAUAAUAGUGAAGACAUCAAAACUAUGAAAUAACACAUAUGGAAUCAUGUAGUAACCAAAAAAGUGUUAAACAAAUCAAAAUAUAUUUUAUAUUUGAGAUUCUUCAAAUAGCCACCCUUUGCCUUGAUGAUAGUUUUGCAAACUCUUGGCAUUCUCUCAACCAACUUCACCUGGAAUGCUUUUCCAACAGUAUUGAAGGAGUUCCCACAUAUGCUGAGCGCUUGUUGGCUGCUUUUCCUUCCCUCUGCGGUCCGACUCAUCCCAAACCAUCUCAAUUUGGUUGAGGUCGGGGGAUUGUGGAGGCCAGGUCAUCUGAUGCAGCACUCCAUCACUCUCUUUCUUGGUAAAAUAACCCUUACACAGCUUGGAGGUGUGUUGGGUCAUUGUCCUGUUGAAAAACAAAUUAUAGUCCCACUAAGCCCAAACCAGAUGGGAUGGUGUAUCGCUGCAGAAUGCUGUGGUAGCCAUGCUGGUUAAGUGUGCCUUGAAUUCUAAAUAAAUCAUUGACAGUGUCACCAGCAAAGCACCCCCACACCAUAACACCUCCUCCUCCAUGCUUUACGGUGGGAAAUACACAUGCAGAGAUCAUGCGUUCACACACACCGCGUCUCACAAAGACCUAAAAUCUCAAAUUUGGACUCCAGACCAAAGGACAAGUUUCCACCGGUCUAAUGUCCAUUGCUCGUGUUUCUUGGCCCAAGCAAGUCUCUUCUUAUUAUUGGUGUCCUUUAGUAGUGGUUUCUUUGCAGCAAUUCGACCAUGAAGGCCUGAUUCACACAGUCUCCUCUGAACAGUUGAUGUUGAGAUGUGUCUGUUACUUGAACUCUGUGAAGCAUUUAUUUGGGCUGCAAUUUCUGAGGCUGGUAACUCUAAUGAACUUAUCCUUUGCAGCAGAGGUAACUCUGGGUCUUCCAUUCCUGUGGCGGUCCCCAUGAGAGCCAGUUUCAUCAUAGCGCUUGAUGGUUUUAGUGACUGCACUUGAAGAAACAUUCAAAGUUCUUGAAAUGUUCCCUAUUGACUGAUCUUCAUGUCUUAAAGUAAUGAUGGACUGUUGUUUCUCUUUGCUUAUUUGAGCUGUUCUUGCCAUAAUAUGGACUUGGUCUUUUACCAAAUAGGGCUAUCUUCUGUAUACCCCCCUACCUUGUCACUACACAACUGAUUGGCUCAAACGCAUUAAGAAGGAAAGAAAUUCCUCAAAUUAACUGUUAAUUGAAAUGCAUUCCAGGUGACUACCUCAUGAAGCUGUUUGAGAGAAUGCCAAGAGUGUGCAAAGCUGUCACCAAGGCAAAGGGUGACUAUUUGAACAAUCUCAAAUAUAAAAUAUAUUUUGAUUUGUUUAACACUUUUUGGGUUACUACAUGAUUCCAUAUGCGUUAUUUCAUAGUUUUGAUGUCUUCACUAUGUAGAAAAUUGUAAAAAAUUAAGAAAAACCCUUGAAUGAGUAGGUGUUCUAAGACUUUUGACCGGUAGUGUACAUUUUACACACAUUUUACAUACAUGGUGCUUUUACACACAGUAAUUACACAACGAAGAUAUUGUUUUUUGAUUAUACAUAUUACAUUUUGGGCUACUCUCAGCCCAUCCCACCUAUCUCCGUAGACCAUCCUCUUUUGAUUUCCACGUGCCAUAUAUUUUUCAACUGUGCUGUGACGUUUUACAUGAAUUUUGAACCUUUCUAAUCGCAUAGUAUCCACAGACUGUGAGUUAAAGAGGAAAAUUUUUCCUAAGAGUAUUAUUAUAUUGUUGAUUGAUUGACUAUGGCUUUCCAAAUCGCCCAACACUGCUAUUUGUAAGGAUAAUUUUAAAAGAAUGUAGUGAUUUUUCAGCCAUUCCUGAAAAUGUGACCAGAAACAAGCUAGAUGGGGACAAUACCAGAAUAAAUUAUCUAAGGAUUCUGUUUCUUCACAGCAAAAUAUGCAGAGCAGAGAUUGUUGUGUGCCCCAUAUAUAUAACAUUCUGUUAGUGGCAAGAAUUUUGUAUAAUAAUUUAAAUUGAAAAACCCAAUGUUGAAUCAAGCGUUGUUUUGUAUAUCAAUUCAUACACCAUGUGCAUGGAAUGGGUACACCGAAAAUCUCUUCCUAGCUAUUUUUGAAACUUGUAUGGCGCAGCUGUCAAUAUAUUUGUCCUCAAAUGAAACUGUUAUAUUUUUCUAUUUAUGCCAACCUUUUUCAACCAAUUUUGGUCUUUAAUAUACAGUAUGGCAGACAGACAAGUUCCCUACCUUCUCCCCCUUCCACUUGUCUCCUCCAUUUUUGAGUUAAUGCUGCAAUCAGUAUAACUUUGGAUUGAGCAAACAUUUCCAUAUAUUUUCGACAGCUGCAAAUGUGAGCUGCAAAUCAGUGAGCUGAACGAGAACUACACCAUUCCUAUUCAUAAUAUCUUUAAUAUAUAUAAUACCAUUUUAAAAAAUGCAGGAAAAUGUUUUUUUUUCAAUCAGUAUAUUUGUGUUGAACCAUAAUAUUUGUUCUAAUAUUUGUUCUGUCUUUUCUGGAGGAUAAUAUUGAAAUUGUAACCAGCUUUGUAUGACUUGUUUAAGGAAGGGCGAUAUUUGAACACGGUUUCAUUUUCAAUUAACCAAAAAUGAGAAGUUGUAAUCUGUAUAAAGGCAAAAAGGCCAUUUUUUAAUAAAGGAUGAGCCUUUCUUAGUAAUCUACUGGAGAAUAACUUAUGUAUUAGUGAAGCUUUUAGUGAGAGGUUUAAUUACAUACGAAUACUAACUGUUUCUAUCUGUAGGAAGACCUUCCAGAGAUUCUCAAAAACAAGAAGCAGUUUGCCAAACUCACAAUGGACUGGCACAAUGCACGCAACAAGUGGGUCACACAUUCUUUGUGUUUGUAUUUGACAGACCCUAUAUGCUACAGAAAGUACACAGUUCCUUUAUACAUAUAUAAUAACUACCUUUAGUCAGUAUCUCCAUUGUGUCCAUUCUUUUGCUUUGUGGCUUCUGAUCAUGGAUGACUUUGCCCCUUCAGGUCCCAGGCCAGUACGGGCCCUCAGGCAAAGCAUAAUGGGCUGAAAGAGGAAGUGGAAGAGGCCUGGAGGAAACUGGAGAGCAUCAAGGUGUUGGAUGAUGUUGGAUGUUACUGUUUCAGACACUUUGUUGUUUUAUGCAGUAGUUUCAGCCUCUUACAUAUUAACUGUUUGUAUGGCUAUACGUUCUCUGCAGGACCAAUACUCUGCAGAUCUGUAUCACUUCGCCACUAAAGAAGAUGACUAUGCCAACUACUUCAUUCGUGUGAGUGUGGCCUACUAAUUGUCCUCUCUUUCAAGCUGUACUUUUGUUAAUUAUCAUGUGCUAUUAGCUAUUAGGAAUUAGACUUAAUAAAAUCACAAAAAGUAUAAUUGAUAAGUGCCUGGGUUGUGCUCUCUCAGCUGCUGGAACUACAAGCAGAACAUCAUAAGAAUUCCCAUGACUUCCUCGAACGAAACAUCAGUGAGCUGAAAGAGAACCACAGUCAAACAGGUGAAUAGGGUGUGUGUAUGUAUGUACUGUAUGUAUGUGUGUGUGUAUUUGCAAUUACAAUACCCAGGCCAUACUUAGUGUACAUGGGUAACUCCCCCUAUCCAAUGUGUAGCACCCACUUGCCUAGUAUUUGUCCAGUGUGUCACCAGUAUGUGUGUUAACACAGACUCCCAGGAGAAUAACUCUAAGCAGAAGGUCUACGGGGAGCCCCUGCUGACUCAUCUGUACAACAGCGGCAGGGAGAUCGCUGUUCCCAUCCAGGAGUGUGUUCACAUGCUGCUGCACACCGGCAUGAGGGAGGAGGUGAGGACUGGGAUUAUUCAUCUAUUACAUGGUAUUCGUGUGAAUGGGAUAUUUCUAAUUAACUGAGCAGGUGAAAGGACUCUGUAGUCAGUCUACGAUAAUGUUUGCCCGCUUGGAUAAAAUCAGUCUAUCUCUCCCUCCAUCUCUCUCCCAGGGUCUGUUUCGUCUGGCGGCAGCAGCCUCGGUAGUGAAGAGACUGAAGAGCAGUCUGGAUGGAGGGGUCGUGAACCACAGCGAGUUCAAUGACCCUCAUGCAGUCGCAGGUCAGAGAGACCGUCCCUGUUGACAGUACCCCUUAUUCAAGGUUUUCAAGUUUCAAAUGUCUUUACUUGACAGUUAAACAACACGUAGGCACUAAGCAGCAUUUUCUCUUUUAUCCAUGUAGGGGCUUUGAAAAGCUACCUGAGAGAGCUGCCUGAACCCCUCAUGACCUUUGAACUCUACAAUGAUUGGUUUCAAGCAGCAGGGUAAGGUCCUUGAUUGGUCUACAUCUUAAAAGCAUACAGUACAUAGUGUCUUUACAUGAUUUCGCUCCCCCCUAAUUUCUCCUCAUUAAAUAUCUCUCUGUUCCUCUCUUUAUUUAGGGAGAAAGAAUUGACAGACAAACUUGAGCAGUUUAAAAUUGUGCUGAAGAAGUUACCAUCAGAAAACUACAACAACCUCCGGUAUGUCCAUAUCUCUGUAACCCAUAGCUCUCUCUGAUCUUGACCGAUUCGUGUGUGAAGUUAUAAACACUCAAGAAUGAUGCAGGGUGUGUGAUUGUGAAUAUCUCCCUAUCUGCCCAGUAGCGGUGCUUGGGGAAAAUCACUGCGGAAUCCAAGCCCCCCCCCCCCCCCCCCCCCCCCCCCCCCAAAAAAAAAGCUAUGUGUUGUGAUAAUUGUGUUGCUUGCUCUAUAACCUGUUAGUUCAUAUGCCUUGACACCGUGAUAUAUAGGCCUAAGGUCGAGACAAUUAGAAGACACAGUGGCAGAACAAAUUCAACCACACAUUUGUUUCAUUACAAAACCAGAGAGCAACAUCUGUCCGGUGAAGUCCACAAAACAUAUUGCAUCUAACAAACAGUUACAUGACCUAGAGCACGGUCAAGCAAGGUAAUGUUUCCGACAUUUUCGGACUACUAAACAACUAUUGAUUUAGAACCACGGAGAGUUGUCGCAAAGAAACAGGAGCUGCCUCCACUAUUCCAGUACCAUUUCAACUUCAACAUUUCAACAUCAUCUAAUCACCUAUGCCAAAAAUGCCAAAAACUAUUUAGUUCAACCAAUGUAAGCUAAAUAUGAUGUGGCUGUCCAUGGUACUGAUUUCUGUGUGUGUGGUGUGUGUGUGUGCAAGUAGAAAAACAUGUUGACUCACCCUACUUAUAGAGAAACGCCAAUGCAAUCCUCCUCAUGUUGCCUAAACGGUCUAUGACAAUGUCAUACAGUACACUCUUUUAGUUUUUGUUGUCCUAGGCUACCUGGCUAAAAUGCUUGCUCGCUAGCCUAACUUCCUUUCAUGGGCAACGAUACGCCAGGCCAGCUAGUUAACAUCAGCAUACUACAUCUAGCUACACGUUGAACUUCCAUCCUCUCAGGCCAGGGGCACAAUGUAUGCAUUUUUGGUUGGAUCUGAAUCACCGUUAUAAUCAUUGGCCAGUACGGAAAGUUAAGUAAAACCACACGUCCAAAUCCCUAUCUCCAUCCAUGGCUAAUUUAGGAAAGGUUGAUUUUAGCUAGUUAGCUAGCCACCGGAGGACAAUGACACAACGAGAUGGCUUCUGAUGUGAUAUGAUUGGUCUGAAGCCAAAUCCAAACUGGCUUCCCUUGACACUUUUUUUUGGUGUGCCGGGACCAUUUUACAGCUGAGCUCACUCAGUUUAGCUCAACGCUGAUUGGCUAUUAUUUUAUCUUUUUUUGUCAAGGGAGGCCAAAUGUUCACUGGCUUCCCUUGCAUUCAAUGCUACGGGCAGCAACAAUGUCAUACUAUUUUUGACCAGACAGAAUCAGAAUUGAAGGAAAUGUAUGAAACACAGAGAGACGAAAGAUAAAUGAUUUUGUAUGUUUUUGUCUUUUUUUCUUUGUACAUUUUUUGGGGAAGCCUGGCUUUCCUUGACAUCCAUGAAUACACACCACUGUAUCUGCCUCCCCCCCCCCCCCCCCCCCCCCCCCCCCCCCCCCCUAUUAGGUACCUGGUACAGUUCCUGUCUUGUCUGUCAGAGCAGCAGACGGUUAA